UUGCAGCUCUCAGGUAAUACCAGUCUAUUUCAGGCAAGUUAACAAUGCGGCCCUCUACAUCCCAUUUUCAACCCCUAGAGCGACCUACCCAAGAUUGUAAAUCAGAUUUAUUAUUAUUAUGGGUAGAUCCAGGUGUGCAGACCGUUCCGAAAAGAUUUUUGUAGCAGACUGGGAAAGCCCCGAGCACAACAAAUGCAAGAAAAUCAAUUUACUUCUUGUUUUUCUAAACCUACAGACCAUUCGUACAGUGUUUGUAAACUCUGAUUACAAUACAUCUGUAUUUUAAAUUUAAGGAUUAUCCUUUCCAAUCCGUUUUCUGUUGUACAAUGAAAUCCUACAUCAGAGCAAAGAAAAACAAUAAAUGGAACAUUUAGCGUUGUCCUCAAGUGCCUACGGUGAAGGACUAAGAGCUGGUGCACACACAGAAACACAGUUCUUUGCAAACCAGCACUUCACUGUCUCCCUUCUCAGGAGCUCAGUGGCUUAAAGGGUUUCACGUUACAACAGAGCAGAAUCAGUUCUUUGGCAACACGGAAAAACAACAUGAAAAUUGUGUUUCAUAGUUUAUCUAAAGCAAUUAAGUUGUAUCUUCAGCUAAAUUACUGUAAUUAGCAAGGCACUUGCCUUCCAAUUGCAAGACAGAAAAUGAUUGGAGGAACUUUCCAAAAUGCCACUGUACUCCUAUCAUUGAAUCUUAAGAGAACUUAAUUUUUAGUUAGCUGGUUUGGAAUGGGCUCAUCUAACUCACUUUACAGUGCCAUAUUGCUGCAUAGUCCUCAUUUCCCCCCCUAAUUUUAUCAGUUGCAGCAAGAAAUAAUAAACUGAAUCAUUCAGAACGUAGCCUCCAAUUUCUGCUUAGAGGCACCCACUCUGGCCACCAGCACUACCAGCAGUUUUCCAGCACUACCUAGCAGUUCAGUAUCCCACAUUCAGAAGACCAACAUAAAUUAAGAAACUAACUAAAAAAUGUUCCUGUGUUUCUCUACUGGUCAGUGGCCAGAGCGUAUUUUCCAAUGUGAGCAUGGUGUUACUGCACUGGAUUUUUCUAUGGCAACCCCAAACCUUCUAGCAGUUGGGAUGUACAAUGGUAUCAUCGUGGUCUACAACGUACAGAAUUCUGACUCCACUACAGAAUUCCACAGUGGGGAAUGUUCAGCUAAACAUACAGGUCCUGUAUGGCAACUGAAGUGGGUGGAGUGGGACGUAGGCACAACAGAAGGUAACAAGAGGGAGAGAUUGAUCUCCAUCUCGGCAGAUGGCCGCAUAACCCAGUGGCUUAUACAGGAGGGACUAGGUUGCAUUGAUCUGAUGAAAAUAAAGCGAACAAGAAGCAAGAAGAAAAAAUUACCAGCUGAGAAAGAAAGGAAAAGCGAAGCUCUGAUAUCCCAGUGGGCAGCUGGGAUGUGCUUCGACUUCCAUCCGAAGGACACUAAUCUUUAUCUGGCUGGAACAGAAGAGGGUCUUAUUCACAAGUGCUCCCGUUUAUGCAAUAAGCAGUUUCUAAAGACAUACAGAGGACAUAAGGGCCCUGUGUACAGAGUCGCUUGGAAUCCAUUCACCACUGACAUGUUCCUGAGCUGCUCUGUGGACUGGAGUGUUAUUUUAUGGCACCAGGACUCGCAGACACCCAUUUUAACUUUCAGUUCCACCACUACUGUUGUUCAUGACAUUAUGUGGUCUCCGAAAUCAGCCUUCAUAUUUGCAGCAGCUAGUGAAAGCAAAGUAGAAAUCUGGGACCUUAGCAUCAGCAUCUUGGAUCCUGUGAUCACUCGCUUUGCCGACCCAGGAGCAAAAUUCACAUCUGUACUCUUUGCUAAGAACACCGACUGCCUUCUGGUGGGAGACAGCAGAGGAGAAGUCGGUGUGUUUGAGCUGCAGGACCUGGCUGCCUCCAGCAGCACCGAGGUUGAUGCCUUGAAUGAUGUAAUCGGUCCCGCUCUAUUUCCAGUAGCUAAAUGAUUGCACUUCUCACCUGGUAAACAGUAGGAAAGAUUUUUCUAGCAUUAUCACGAACUGUUUAGUGCUUUUAAUUCAUUAACUUUUAGAUUUGAAUCUGUACUGGUUAGAGAUACCUUUGAAAUGCUUGAAAUCUUCCAUAGGAAGUCCCCCUUGUUGGAUGAUCAGCCUCUUGUACCAGUGCACAGAUGAGGUCAUAGAAAGGCCCCAUUAAAGGCUUUUCUCCUUGGGUUACUCAAAAAAACAGAAAUGCCUCAAAUCACCUCCUGUAUUGGCUACUUCAUCAGGAACCAGAACGUGCCCUAAAUCCAUCUUAAGUCCUGGAAUAUGGCUGUUUGCCAACCACAUCUCCCCUUGUAAAAUUACACAGAAAUGAAUGGACUUCUCAUCAGGUCCUUCUUGUCCGCCCUUCCCUAAACUACGACCGAGUUUGAAAGCUGAGCUUUGCCAGCAUCGAGUGCCCCUGCAACCAGCAGACUGCCCCAGCCAGGAAGAAUUAGAGACCAGCUUUUUCAACCUGACAAAUUUGAACAACGUCACAAUUUAAAUGGACUUCUGCAGCUUUAGAAGGCAGAUCUCUGCUUCUAGAGACCUCUCCACUGAAAGACAUGGGUAGGCUGAGGACAUAACCUGCAGUUACAGCCACAGAAGAGGUCCCCCAUCAUAGGAGCUCUGUGCAGUGCUCUGUCUGUCAGCAGGUGCAGGCAAUAGCUGCUCCUGGAAGAACUAUGUAGCUAGAUGUAUAUUUUACAUGCACAGAACAUCCAGAGUUUCUCAUUAGCCUCACAAUAAAUGCCCAACGUUUAAACACA